UCACCCUUGGCCGCCCCUCCAGUUCCGCUCCCUCUGGCGCUCCUAGUGCCCGCGGGGGCGCGCCCCCGACGCCCUACAUAUACUCAGGUGCGCCGCACCUGUCCGCCCGCAUCUACCCGCUCACCGCUGCCUCCACUUCAGCCUCGGGCCGACAGCCCAGGGUACUUUGGGGACUUCCAGCACCCAGGACCGCCCAUACGGUCCCUCCACCUUUUGUUUGGGAAGCGUCGCCGAGAGCGCCGAAGGGAACGGCCUGGACUUCGGGAAUCGCCUUUGUCGACAAGCAGUCCUCCGGGAGUAACCUGUUCCCUCUGCUGUGAAACCCUCGCCCCGCCGGAGGGGCGAUUUGUGUUUAUUUUGGGUGAUAAGAAAUUUGCAGUUACUCUACCAAAACCUUUUUUUUUUUUUUCACUUUGGGCGACUUAUAACUCCAACUCAAGUUGUCUUGUGGGGUUGCCCCUCAAAGUUUGUUUGUUCUACUGCUGAGGCACCCGCCUGCGCCCCCAGUCUUUUCUGAGGGCGGAAUGGCCAAUUCGGGCCUGCAGCUGCUGGGCUUUUCCAUGGCCUUGCUGGGUUGGGUGGGCCUGAUCGUGUGCACCGCCAUUCCGCAAUGGCAGAUGAGCUCGUACGCGGGCGACAACAUCAUCACGGCCCAGGCCAUGUACAAAGGGCUGUGGAUGGACUGCGUCACGCAGAGCACGGGAGUGAUAAGCUGCAAAAUGUACGAUUCGGUGCUCGCCCUGCCGGCGGCCCUUCAAGCCACUAGAGCCCUGAUGGUGGUAUCCCUAGUGCUGGGCUUCCUAGCCAUGUUCGUGGCCACGAUGGGCAUGAAGUGCACACGCUGUGGGGGAGAUGACAAAGUUAAGAAGGCCCGUAUAGCCAUGACUGGAGGCAUCAUCUUCAUCGUGGCAGGUCUUGCAGCUUUGACAGCUUGCUCCUGGUAUGGUCACAUGAUUAUCACAGACUUUUAUAACCCUUUGGUCCCCAUGAAUAUUAAAUAUGAGUUUGGUCCUGCCAUCUUCAUUGGCUGGGCAGGGUCUGCUCUGACUCUCUUGGGAGGUGCACUGCUCUCUUGCUCCUGUCCUGGGAGUGAAAGCAAAGUUGGGUACCAUGCACCCCGCUCCUACUCGAAGCCCAAUUCUGCCAAGGAAUAUGUGUGAGCUGGGACUCCCUUGCCCCAACCUGGCAGCCUAGACACUUGAAAGGACCUGGGGCAGAGAGCUCAGCCCGUGGGCAGGAUGUGCAGAAGCCACAGGUCACUGCAGUCCUGCACACCAUGUACAGUUCCCUGGGGGCUGGGUGGGGGAGAACAAGA